AUGUAUUUUUGCUUUAUGCUCCUUCUUGCUGGUGCGCUAUUUGUUGUGUUUGUUUUGGCGCUAUUGGGGUACUUGAUAAAUUUUUUUUUUUGCGUGUUGCUUGUGCCUGCCAGAAGCGAGAACGAUAUUAGGGAGGCGAAGAACGCCACGAUGAAUCCGCUUGCGCGGCGGGUGGAGCGCAACAGGGACGAGGUGCGGAAACUAUCGCAGAAGUGUGGGAACCGCUUCUGCAUCGAUUGCGGCAUAAGAGGGCCACUUUACGUGGUGACCAACUUUCGUGUUUUUGUCUGCUCAACAUGUGCCGCGUUGCACCGCUCGCUGCAGCACAAAGUGAAGGGAAUAUCCAUGACGGAGUUUACCGACGAGGAGGUUGCCUGCCUGAACGUCGGCGGCAACGACAGGGCGGCGAGGGUGUGGCUCGCCAGCUAUGAGAAUAAUAAGCCCCCACACGGCAGCGAUAUUGCCGUCAGGGACUUUAUUGUGAAUGCUUUUGAAAACAUGGCAUACGUCAAUCGUGAGGAAUUGGAGCGAUUUCAAAAUGAUUUGAAGGCAGUUGGCACCGGAGCGCCCUGCUGCCAUUUGCCACACACGAUGAAUCUGCCUUUACCGGAGCACGGGCCGCAGCGGCCACUGACAUCGUUGCCGCCGGAGCAGCCAACGAAAGAAAAGCCAUUGCCGCCAGAGCCAUCGUCCUAUUCGACGGGGUUGCAGGAUUUGUCUUCCGCUCCGAGGCCGCAGGUGGAGUUAUUUGAACAGUCGACGCCACAAACUUCGUCAUCUGCUCCCGUCAAUUUUUCUGCGCCUACAACAGAUGACGAUUUAUUUGCCGAGUUUGUAGCCGCUGCCGCACCGCCUGCUUCCAGCGUCGCGGCAGAUGUUCCCACUGCACAGAGGCCGCUCGAUGGCUGGCUCAAUUCCGUUACCUCUGGACAUCCGCACGUCAAUAUUCCGGUUUCCAUCCCCCCGGGCGUUACAAUGGGGCCUGGACCUUACUCGACUUCUCAACCAUUAUCUGCUGGACAAAUGGAGUAUCCGCCAAACAUGUUAUCUCAGCCCGGAUUUCAGGGUCCAUUUGACGUGCAGCAAGAGGGAUACGGCGGGAUGACACGUGGUAAUUUCUUUCAGCUACAACCACAACCACAACAAUUUCAAUAUGCCUUUUCUAUGGGUCCUCCGGCGGGGCCCAAUGGCGUGCCCUACCAAGCACCGACUGCUCAGGGCCAGACGCCUUCAGGGGGUUCUGCGACGCUGAUGAAUAUGUGCGGGGUGGACUUCUUUCAGGAACCUCCCGCAAAUCCAUGGGGAAAUUUCAAUUCUUCUGAAUCAACGAAAACGGAGCCAGUGAAAACCAAAAGCGAGCCACAAAAUGAUAUAUUUGCCUCUUUAGACCCCUUUAUUGGUAAAUGGUGA